ACUCUCGUUUCAAUUGGUCGUUGGUAUGCAUUCGGCGGCGCGAAGAAAGAAGUAAGAUAUAGGGGAAAGCUUAAGCCUAUAUCUACUUCUACUUGUAUAUUUACAUGCAUACAUCUGAAAAUAGACUAUUGAGAGACAGUGUAGGUCAGAGCAAUACAAUAUAACAUCUUGCUCUGUAGAUGUAUGAGUGUAUAUGUAACAGAUUCUUUUUCUUAACCCGUCGUAGAUUAUGGAUGAAUUUUAAAGUUUUAAAGUGUUUACAGAAUGACAGACGACAUUAAUGGCAGACUUAAUAGAACCAAUCCAAUGAGACGGGGUCUUAGCCUUGGAAACUCCACAUCAGUGACAGUUACAAUGCAUUCUAUGGAGGCUGAGGGUAACAAUAAGUUAAGUGUUACUUUGUGUAUAAUAAACAGUAAAAUAGUGUAAACAUCUUCUAAACCAGACAUCUUGGUUCAUCAAAAUCUUCACCCCUCAAAACACGGUCACGCCUCAUGCGCGUCACACUCGGUUGACGUAGAAUGCACGUGCGGACGUACAGUUUGGUGAUAUGUGUUCUUGCGGGUUGCAUGUGCGGUUAUAAGGCUAUAGAAUUAUGUGAUACGGCGCGAUUGAAAUGCUCGACAAGGGAUGGAUGUCGGAUGGCACUGAUCAACUUCUUUGUGGGCUGUAAUGAAGUCAUUCAUGGGGAAACUAAUGUAUGUACGACGGAUUGUAAGCAUGCCUUAAUAUCACUUCUGCUAACAGAAGACAAAUCAGGCAUGUCUUUUAUUAACUGUAAUUGCAGCGGUAACAAAUUCUGUGAAGAGAGGAAAGUUCGGGUUGAGAUCUGUACCAAAGAUGUCCUACAAGCCAUGGCAAACAUGAAAAACAACAACAGACCGGUCAGAUGUAACCUGGCCCAAUGGAUCUGUGAGGCUGACACUUCCUGUUUAACGGCGUUGGAUUACUACGCUCGGCAUUGUGGACGACUUCUUACCGGGGAUACUUGUUCGUCUCGAUGUAACAAUAGCUUAGAAAUUCUGUAUCGACAGAAAAAUGCCAAAAAAUUACCCUCCUGCUACUGUGACGGCACCGAGGAUUAUAAUUGCCAGAAACUCAAAUAUAAUACCGAGAAAUUCUGUUUCCUACGUGAACCCCUGGUGCCGUACGUCAGUCUUACACAGAAACCACUUCAUCCCAAAGAAUCUUGGAAUUCAGGGGGAAAGAGUCAAUUCCAAACUUUGACAGGAAACCCACAUAAAAGACGCAGGAGGCGUAAGUUUCGAAGUGGUCGUCACCGCCUGAGAAAGUGGGUGAAACAAUUAUUAAGAGGAAAUCGGAAGCGCCGGAGAAGCAACGUCCGUCGACGGAGAGAAAAGUUACAACAUCACAAGAAGAAAAGAAGACCAAAUAAAGGAUGAAUCAGAGUUAUGAAAGAGAGGGACAUUGGUUAUACCAUAUAUAUUAUACAUUAUACAGUCAAGAUACAUAAUUUUAAUCUAUUUAUAUAAAUUGUUAUGUGGAACAUUAUUAUAUCCAAAUGUUCAUUCUUUAAACAUAAAAUGUUCAUUGAACGAACAUAGCCGUUUAACAUUGUGAUGUAAACCAAGGAUUAUUACUAAAAUGUGGAAACUUAAUUUCGAAGAAAAGACCCACCCCACCCCCAAUACCACAGAGCAAAAAUAAAGACGCUGAAUUAACAUACCCUUUAAUCAACUGAUAUCUAUUUUAUUUUGAUAUUUCUACUGGUUUCUAUCUUUGUUGUUGAAAUUGCUGAUAUUGUGAACUCAGUUCGAAAAGCUGUUAAUAUGUGCUGAAAAUAAGAUUUUUUUAAUGUGUAAAGCUUAUAUCUAUCUAGAUACAAGGGGAUAUAAAAAGAAACGAUAUAUUUAUUAGAAAGAAAGUAACGGUACCAUUGUUGGCACCCGUAGCUUCUUAUAUACACCAUGACCUCGGUACAAGAGGUCACCACGUGAAAAUCCAUUCCAGAUAUUGCAGAUUUUUGUUACACGUGAUGUGUAAAUUCCAUGUGUUGUUUGUAAUGUUUUAUGAUGGCGUUUGUAUGUCUAUACGUCAUCAGUUUUUGUGUAUAGUGUUGCAUAGUUUUGUAUGUAUAAAUAUGUACGCAAGACAUUGUUUACCUAAUGUAUGUUGGAAAGAUUUUUAAUAUAUAAGUAAUAUGUUUUGUGA